AUGGAAGAAAAUAUGAAUACCUGCUUUUCCUUUGAUAUGCUUGAUAUGAUGAUUAGCAAUAGCAGCUAUAGAAAAGAAAAUGAAAAUUUAAUAUGGCAUGAAAAAAAAAGUGUCAAUGAUCAAUCAUCAUAUACUACAUUUGACAAUAGUGAAAAAAUAAAACGACAGAAAGUUAAAAGUGUAUCCACUAAAAAUAGAAAAAAAGAAAGUUUAAACAGAUCUGAGAAAACUAAUAUAGAUAAUGAUUUUUUGAAGGAUAUAGAUAAAAACAUUUCUGACAAUAUAGAUAGUAUUGUAGACAAAGAAAUAAAUGAAUCUAUAGAUACUGAUUUAAAUGUAUUUCCCGAUUUAGUAAAUAGUAGUAAAAAAAAAGGAAAACAAUCAAACCGUAAAAUUAAUGGCACUAAAAAAAAUUCAUCAUUAAAAGUACAAAAAGGCAAAAAAAAUAAAAUAAUAAAUAAUAACAAUGAUAGUAAUAAAAAAAGAAAAAGUGAUCAAACAUCAAGUUGUGAAAUAUCAGAAAGUGGAGAUCUUUUAGACAUGUUUUCAUUACAUGAUGAAGAAACUGAAGAUCAAAUUUCUGAAAAAAAUUAUAAUGACAAUGUUGAAAAUAAUUAUAUUGAUGAUAUUGAAUAUGGAAUAUGUAAUAAAAAUACAAUAGUUAGUGAUGAAAUAAAUGAAAAAUUAAAAUAUAUAGAACAAUUUGAUAAAUAUUUGUUAGCACCUAGUUGUAUAGGAUGUUCUAAUUGUAAUUAUUAUUUAAAAGAACUUACUUCAAAAAAUUAUGUAAAAUUUUGUUCAAUGGGAGAAUAUAUAAAUGAAGGUGAAAAUAGUUUACUUUUUUUAAAAAAUCAACAAAUACAGGAAUUAGAGAAUGCAAAUAAAAACCUUACAAAAGAAAUGGCAUUAUUUAAAGAAGAAAAUGAUAACUUAAAUAAAAAAUUAGCCGAUUUUAAAUUUGAAUUUAUUGAAAUAAAUAAAAAAAUUAAUAUGCUAAUAAACCAAAAUAAGUUAUUGCAAGAUAUAAAUAAUGAUUUAACUAAAAAUCUACAAAAAGAAAAACAAAAAAAACAUACCAAAUCUAAUAAUUAUUUAUUAAGUAAAAAAAAAAUGUCUGAAAAAGACUUUGAAAAUUCUAUAGACAAAGAGUUAUUUAACUAA